UAGCAUUCUAUAUUUUGAUACUAAAAAGGCAACAAUCAGUUCACAUUUCAAACAUAAAAUUUUAGACAGAUGUAGCACGUCUGACAACAUUGGUCUAAUACUUUAAAGUAUAACCGUCGUUCGACUGUUAACAACCAACUAGAAAAACUUUUAUGACAAUUACAAAACUAUUUUAAAUAUAUUACCCAAGUUUUACAAAAAUAUUCAGAAUUAUUAGAGAAUUUCAAAAUGGCGCCAAUAAAACCCAAUCAAAACAGCAUGAUGCCACACUUUUCAUUGAACAGAAUUUCGACACGAAGUAAAUCAACUUUACCAUGCCAUAAUUCGAAGGAGGCAUUAGAAGCCACUAGAACAAAAAGAAAAGCUGAUUGUUCACCUCCAAAGGAAAACAAAUCUAUUAAAAGACUGGCUUUUGGCGAAAAAAAUAUUAACCUACUAGAAAAUAUUAAAAAAGCAAAGAAAACAAUUACAGUUAAGAAAGUUACUACUCAAAAGAAAACAGUAGCUUCUGUCAAAACUGUGAACAAAAUUAGCCAAAAAGAGAAUUUGGAAUGUUUACGUGCACCUGCAUUGAAAGUAGUCACUAGACAAUCAAAACCUACUGUUUCCAACCAAACUGCAGUUAAAUCAAAGGAAGUUUUGAAAGAACUGAAUAAAAUCAACAAAAGGCUUAGUAAUGAAUUUGAAAAGACUGAUGAUUCCUUAUACUAUACUGCUUCAGAAGAUGGUGCUAAGAAACAACACAAUUUGAGAUCCAGCAGUAACUCAACUGUAGAAAUACCGCUAAUACAAGAAGUCCAACAAAAUGCCAAACAAAAUGUGGAAAAGCGGGAAGAGAACAUCUCAAAUCUUUCCAAGCAAAUAAAAUUAAAACUCAACAUUGGAAACCAUGAAGUACCAGACAAUGUGGAAGAUUUUGAUAAAGAAAAUUGGGAUGAUUGUUUCCAAGUGUCUGAUUAUGCAAUGGAUAUUUUCAACUAUCUGAAUGAAAAAGAAACCAAAUUCAAAAUACCAGACUACCUCGACCGACAAAUUUGUCUCACUCGUUGGAUGCGGUCACUACUCGUCGACUGGAUGGUAGAGAUACAAGAAAGUUUCGAAUUAAAUCACGAAACUCUUUAUUUGGGUGUAAAAUUAGUUGAUACAUACCUCAGUAGAAUGACUAUAGGAAAGGAAACUUUACAACUUGUAGGCGCUGCCGCUAUGUUGGUAUCAUGUAAAUUCGACGAAAGAAUACCCCCGAUGAUUGACGAUUUCUUGUAUGUAUGCGAUGGUGCUUACUCAAAACGAGAAUUGAUUAGAAUGGAAAUAAAUUUGUUGAAAGUAUGUGGAUUUGAAUUAGGAAUACCUAUCAGUUAUAGGUUUCUAAGGAGAUAUGCUAGAUGUGCAAGGAUUAAGAUGCCAGUUUUGACUUUAGCCAGAUUUGUGUUAGAAUACUCAUUAAUGAAUUAUGAUACAGUCACCAUCCGAGAUUCUAAAUUAGCAUCAGCAGCUUUAUACAUAGCAAUUAAAAUGAAAGAUGUUAGUGGUUGGACUGAAACGUUGGAAUUCUAUACAGGUUACCGGUUGGAGGACUUUAAGGAUGUGGUAUUAUUACUAAAUAAUUAUAUAAACCAACCUCCAAAUCCCAAAUUGAUGACUGUUAGAAAUAAAUAUUCUCAUAAAAUAUUUUUUGAAGUAGCUAAAGUACCACUUCUGGCCAAUAAUCAAUUGUUUACUUAAGUUAUUUUCUUUUUAAAUUGACUAUAUACAACGUUUGUUCUGUAUAUACUUUGAUUUUUAUGAAUUUUUUAAAAAAUAAAGUUAUGACCUUCAAAACAUGUAUUACCUCAUUAUUAUAAAUAGUAUUCAGUUGUUCUUUUCUAAAGAAUAUUAUAUUGAAGGUUUUUCUAAUCAUGAUUUCCGUUUAAAUAGCUGCUGCUUUGAGGUGGUAGAAGAUAGAGGUAGCUGAGGACUUUUGAUCUGGUUCAAAUAAUAUUCAUGCCAAACCCUAUUAAAUCGUUUCUUGACAAGAAUAACAUUUUAUAAUCAAGAUAGACUUUUUUCUUAUCAUCCUUCCCAAUUAUUGUUGACUUUGUGACAUCUGUAAAUUGGGUAAAAGUUUUACCUAAAUGUUAUAUAGAAUUGGUCGUGUUUCUUUUGAUUAUGUCAAUUUAUUCAACCAAUUAAUUUCAAGAAAUAUUUAUAGCACAUUAAUUCACUUUCAUUUUUUAUGCCUAGAAAAGUGUUAAACAUACAUUCAUAUAUAAUUAAAACUUCUAUCUUAUAUUGAACACAUUGGUAGUGGUAGCGAACAGUGUCACUUCACUUCACUAACAUAAACACUUAAAAUGACACUUGUGAUCCGUGUUUACAUACAUUCGACUUUUGAUUCCUGAAGAUGAUAGCUUAGUUAUUGAAAACAUAGUCAGACUGAGGAAUUGUAAGUAGUAUUAGUAGUAGAAAACAGUAUAUUCCGUUUUAAUAUCACCAAUGGUUCCCCAAAUAUCAACUAGUUCUCCUUUUUAUAUAUUUUGAGAAUAAACUAAGAAAAAUUUUCUCCCUAUUGAUAUUAAUUGCCACUUUCAGAAUAUCUUAGUAGUACAAAACCAAUUAAUAGUAAAAAUCCGAUAAUCUUUUUAAUAUUAUCUCCUUGCAGAAUGUUCUGGUUAAAACUGUUUUAGUUUUGUUGAUUAGAACAACUAGUUUUCUAACAAGUGUAUAUCAUAUUUGUAUAUACUGUAUAUAUUAGGUGCUGAAAACCUUAAGGUUCAACUGACAAUUUGUCAACAUAUUGAUCAUAAAAAUUAUCUCUCACUUUCCAAUGGAGAUUUUAUAUUUUAUAUCCAAGUACUGAAUACACUGUUUAGUACCACUACAGUAACACACUGGUGUGCGUUUCAAUAACCUAGUUAUCAUCUUCUGGUCUCUAAAGACGAUAACUUUAUUAUUGAAACGCGAGUCAGACAGUGUAAUUGUGAAUGUUGGUUGGUAAUUGUAAACAGUGUAUUGCAAAAAUUUCAGCUCAGUACAUAUCAAAUUACUAUUUCCUCUUUUUUUGAGCUAUUAAGUUUUUGAAAUAAAGUUGAAGUGCAUUUUUAAACUAAAUGCCGCUUCGUUUAAACAUAAAAUCAACCUCACAGUUUGUGAAAAUAUUCAAUUACUAUGAUUUUAAUCUUUUAGAUGUAAUAAAAUGAAGUUGAAACUAAAAUUUCAUUGUCCACCAAUACUUUUUUAAAAAUAAUGUUCAUAUCUAAUUUAUUAAAUAGAAUUUCAUGUGAAAUCUGUUUUGCAUCUGAAAUUAUGUAUUUUAAAAUGUUUUGUAACCUUUGAAGUCCAUUUUUUUAUUUUUUAAGCAAAUUGUAAAAGAAUUUGCAUGUCACUUAUAAUGUUAAAUAAAUUAAUGAUUGUUGGAAUUGAAUUUCUUUAGAACCGUGUUUGUAGUUUGUUAUUUAUAUCAAAUAAACCAUAAAUAUAC